AUGGGGGAGAGUACCUCUACAGACCCCAAACACUUCCCUCAUGGCAAAUCCCCCGGCCGAAAGGCAGGCCGCCCCAAGCCUCUGAAGCGGCGGAGCAUGCACGGCACUGGCAGCGGUGACUCAACUCCACGCAUCCUGACUCCGACCGACAACAAGGCCAAAGAGAAGGAGAUGGCAGCCAGUUUCCUGCAAUACUGCGCCAUGUGUGAGAAACAAAUCAUGACUCCUUGCAACUCGAUCCUCUAUUGCAGCGAAGCCUGCCGUCGCAAAGACUCGGCGAAGCCUCUGUCGGCAUCAUCCAUCGCCUCGCCGCCACGAGCAGCCUCGAUUCCUGCGUCGCCUCAUCCUACUACUCUGCCUGUGCACACGGCCAGUACUUCGCCUCCCGUAUACGAUACGCCUGCUCUUCGGAUACCGGCCGACAUUCAUGAUGCCAAGUCAGAUCUUGACCCGACGGAAUGGAAACCCAAGUUAGAGCGCCGUGGGCAGUCCGAGGCGUUUCGAUAUCUGUCACGAUUCAACCACACCAUGAACGCAUCUGCAUCUGAUACCCCCCCUCGUCAUGAUGUACAACAGCUUGAGCGGCCUGCCACGUGGCGGCACAGAAGCACUAUGAGCAUGAGCAUGAGCACGAGCACCAGCACGACCACCAUGACCACCCCCAGUUUGGGCAACACCCCGACUACGACGGCGUCUAGUUUCGACAGCAUCUACUACGAUUUCAAUCUGCGUCCUCUCCCACCGCGCCAGAACCCAUUGUACUCGACCGGCGCCGGCACCUACAAAGGCAUUGACUUGGUCACGCCUCACAUUCCUCCUCCUCUGGAUGUGGACACUGUCGGUUCGGGUUCUGUGCCAACUGUCGCCCUGGACAAUGACUUCUGGGGCAAGAAGGCUGUCGUUCCCGGCUCCACCCCACAGGGCAAUGGCCUCAGAGCGCUCUUCGGGAAGGACAACUAG